CCAACAGCAGCUACCAACUACCACAUCCUUUGAAGGUCAUGACAGACAUUCACGAGACUCAAAAGGGUGCUCUUAAAGAAAUUCAGGCCUUCAUUCGCUCAAGGACAAGUUACGAUGUUUUACCUACUUCAUUUCGUCUAAUUGUUUUCGACGUUACAUUAUUUGUCAAAACAUCAUUGUCACUCCUUGCUUUAAACAACAUAGUCAGCGCUCCGUUAUGGGAUAGCGAAGCAAAUAGAUUUGCUGGUCUGUUAACUAUGGCAGAUUUUGUCAAUGUUAUUAAAUACUACUAUCAAAGUAGUUCCGUUCCAGAAACAUUGGCUGAAAUUGAUAAAUUCCGUCUCCUGGGACUUCGCGAAGUCGAACGGAAGAUAGGUGCUAUUCCUCCUGAAACUCUUCACGUUCAUCCCAUGCAUAGUCUAAUGGAAGCAUGUCUAGCAAUGUCUAAAAGUCGUGCUCGACGUGUGCCACUGAUUGAUGUUGAUGGCGAGACAGGAAGUGAAAUGAUUGUUUCAGUUCUAACUCAGUAUAGAAUUCUGAAAUUCAUAUCCAUGAAUUGUAAAGAAACAUCUAUGCUUCGGGUGCCGCUUAAUGAAUUACCAAUUGGCACAUGGACGAACCUUGCUACAAGUACGAUGAAUAUGAAGGUUUUCGCGGUUAUCCAGAUUCUUGCAGAGAAAGCUAUCUCUGCUGUUCCGAUAGUUAAUGAUGAGGGGAUCCUAAUAAACGUUUAUGAAUCUGUUGAUGUUAUGCAUUUAAUUCAAGAUGGUGAUUAUAAUAAUUUAGAAUUAACAGUGGGUGAGGCGCUUUUAAGAAGACCAUCAAAUUUCGCGGGUGUACAUACUUGCCGCGAUACUGACCAUCUUGAUGGUAUUUUUGACGCUAUAAAACAUUCCAGAGUGCAUCGACUUUUUGUCGUUAGUGAGGACUUUCAUCUUAAAGGCAUUUUAUCUCUUUCCGAUAUACUGAAUUAUAUUGUGGAUGACCAACUCUAAUGCGCAUACCAUCGAAUUAAAUCGAAUACUGUUUACAUUUUUCCUCUUUCAUUUAAAAAAGUAAUUGCAUAAUGCAUUUAUUUUUUAGAAAUUUAUUCUUCUAUCCUUCAUGCUAUAUAAUACACUUGAUGGUACAAUUUUACACGCCGCUUAUUCUUUAAUAAAUUUGUUGAUAUUUAGUCGAGGUCAUGUUAACGCUGUAAUGCACCUCUUUCUAAUGCAACAAACUUUCUGAAUAUAUUACUUUGUGCUUAAAUAAGUGUGGAAACAUAAUGAUCCUCUCUAGAUAGGACUAGUAAUGUUUAUGAAUGGAAUUCUAACAGAAGACGUCAUAAAAUUGCUAGUAGUUCUAAUUCGAAACAUAUAUUCUACGACAAUGAAUGAAGUAAUGGCAUGACGGAUGCUAUAUUUUAAAAUAUUCUAUUUUAUUCAAGCUCUACUUGAGAUUGUACUUUACCGACGUUGGUUUGCUGUGCGACCAGUUGGCGUAGACAACUAGAGGCUUGAGCACCAUUUCAUCUAAUGUCAAAAGAACGAUUGGGCAUCGCAGAUAUUCAAGGAGAGAUGAUUAAAUACAGAAUAAUUCUCGCAAUUGCUGCAUAGUGUCCUCAGGGCAAGUUACAGUAUGUCCAAUAGUACGAGGAUCUUCGUAAAUUUCAUAGUCAUUGCCUCCAGUAAAUGUCUUGUCACCGAAGAAAUGGAUAGUUUCAAAACCCUCCUUUUGAACGUGCUGAAGACAGUAAGUCUUGUCCCAACCGGUAGGGAAAACAUCAAAGGAAAUUUGACCACCAAUAGAGAAAGUUAAGCCGUAAUCACCAAACUUUUCACGCAAGGCAUUUACCAUGUUCAAACGGAUGUUGUGAAUUUUAUCAAAUUGCUCAAACUCUUGACGUUCUUUGUUACUAGCAUUACGGCCAAUGGGGGAAAUAUUGACCAUACCAUUACGGAAUUCAACAAAAGUACCACGCUUAACGGGAAUAUCCAAGUCAGCAAUAUAGUGUAAACAGAAGUUCACCAACUUUUGAUACUUAUCUUCACCAAUAUACUGGAUAAAUGAUUGACUAGCAAGCUGUUCUCCAUAGCGAUAAGCAGUCAAUCCAUUCUCAGCAAACGAAUAGUCAAAAGAGUUGACAACAUUUUCUCCACUCACGCUAAGUUGUUCUUGUUGUUUGUUCAAGUCACUACCACCAACAAAUCCAACAGCAACAAUUUGACGAAGCUUUUGCAAGCAAUCGAGCAUUUCAGGAGAGAUGCUCUAAAUUUAUAACGUUAGCAUAUGAUUUACAAAAAUGAAGCAUAGCGAAGAAAGUCGUUUCAUUUGCUAUUGCUUUGUAAAGUAAAAUAAACAAAACUAAGCAUUUCAAAUAAUAGGAAUCGAAUUUGAAGAGGAGUAAUAAUAGGAAAGGUCACUCCUAAAACCGCUUGCAAAAAUUCAUUUACAUACCAAACGAGAAGGAGUCAAAGUACCAUCGACAUCAAAUAAAACUAAGGUCUUAGGAAAUUUACGUUGUUCUAUAGGAAUAAGCACCA